CCUAUUGCAUCCACGAGGUGGGCAGAUGAUCAUAUUCCUUCCUAUAUGACAUCCUAAACAAAGGGCACCCCCCCUUGCUUCUUCAUCUCUCAAUCAAUUUUCCCAUCAACAUCCGCUUCAUGGACACCUUCUACAUAUCGCACGGAUCCCCCACCCUCUCCAUCGACGAAUCGCUGCCGGCCAGGCACUUUCUCAAGUCAUGGAGGGAGAAGGUUAUGGGGCAGCCACCCACUUCCAUUCUCGUGAUCUCUGGCCACUGGGAGACCCACGAACCCACCGUCAACGUCGUCCCCCGAAACGACACCAUCUAUGAUUUCUACGGCUUCCCCAAACCCAUGUACGAGUUCAAGUAUCCGGCUCCCGGGGCUCCAGAAUUGGCAAAGAGGGUGAAGGAAUUGCUCAUGGCAUCCGACUUCAAGUGUGUGAAUGAAGAUAAAGAACGGGGGCUUGAUCACGGGGCAUGGGUACCCCUCAUGCUUAUGUACCCAGAAGCGGAUAUCCCAGUGUGCCAGCUCUCCGUUCAGACAAACAGGGAUGGAAGUUAUCACUACAACAUGGGGAAGGCAUUGGCUCCACUCAGGGAGGAAGGCGUCCUCAUCUUUGGUUCUGGAAGUGCUACGCACAAUCUGAGGACCAUCAAUCGCAAUAGCGAUAGCAAAGCGGCGGUUGUGCCUUGGGCAUAUGAGUUCGAUACCUGGCUGAAAGAAGCUCUCCUUGAUGGAAGAUAUGAAGACGUGAAUUGCUACGAAGAGAAGGCACCGCACGCCAGAGAGGCUCACCCAUGGCCAGACCACUUCUAUCCUUUGCAUGUAGCCAUGGGUGCUGCUGGCAAAGAUGCAAAGGCCAAACUCAUCCACCAUAGCUGGAGCUUUGGUACUCUCUCUUAUGCCUCUUACCAGUUUACAACAGCAGCCAGCUGAAAUUUGCAUUAUCAAUCCAGGCUGAUUUUCAGUCCUUCCUUUGAGAAUAAGUGCCGACUCUGUUACUUAAUUCCAUGUUGAUGAAUCCCUACUUGUAUGAUUAAUAUAUUGUAAACCAUUAUAAGAUUGAUUUGUCAUUGUUAUAAGUUGGUAUUUGUACUUGAUGUUCAUUCAA